AUGAUUACUUUUCUAUCCAGUGUGAUUCUACUGGGAUGUGCAAUAUCAUUAAACUGUAGAACAUUUGUAAUCAAGAGCACACACGAGAAUUCCAGGGCUGGACACAUAUUUCCCCUCGGAAUACAGUUCAAGACUCAGUACGGCAAAAGGCCUCACGGAACAAGCGCAAUAAAGAAGUACGGAGCCAGCUAUGUGCAGGAGCUGACCCAAGAGAGGUGUAGACUGGCAAAAAACAGGGUUCUAAAGGAUCCCAGAAUGCUUUUCGUCAGAAACGUCGACAUCGAGAUCACUCCCGAUGCGCUGGACAACUUUUUUCACUACAUCUACGGGCCGCUCACGAGUAAAACGAGGUUAUUUAUGGAUGAAAUCACAGGCAGACACAAGGGCUUCGGAUAUGUGACCUUUUCCACGCCAAACAUCGCAACCAGGGCUCUUUUAACACUGAACGGGACUCGACUCGGGGACAAACAAGUAUUCUUUUCAGACGUUCUCUUUGAAUUAGCAAAAAGGAAGCCGGGAACUGAGAAGAAAAUAAAGCGCUCAAAGAGACGUAAGGGGAUAGACCACUACAGAACGCCCUUCAUACCACUAAAGUAA